ACGACUCACCACUCACGGCCGACGACUCACCACUCACGGCCGACGACUCUACCACGUACAAAUCACGGCCGGCGACUCAACCCACACUUUAUGCGCCUAACGGCUUUAUCCCAUCAUGACCUCUCGCCGGCGUGCCCCAUCCACGAAGCAGCCCCCGCCCGUCACGUCCUUCUCACCGACCGGUGAAGAAUACGAUGCCUCUACGUUCGGUGGUAUCGGCGACUACAUGCGGCGGAAGCGGAUCAAGCUCCAGAAUCAAGACUCGCUCAGGCGCAACGACACGAUCCCGCAGAUCUUCACAGGCCAUGUCAUGGCCGUCCUUGGCUAUACAAAUCCGAACCCGAGUAUCCUUCGGCAGAUCGUCGUUAUGCAUGGCGGGGUCUGGCGGGAUUUUAAGGAUGGCGGGUUGACGAUGGUUCUUGCGACUGCAUUGCCGAUCAAGAAGGAGGAGGAACUGAUGGGGAGGUAUAAAUUUGCUACGCCGGAUUGGGUGCUCGAGUGUGUUAAGCAGCAAAAGAUUGUGGCAUGGUCGAAUUAUAGCCUAUCAAGGAGGAGUGAGGGACAGACCACAUUGGGAUUUGCCCGGAAGUCGCAGACGCCGAAGGUGAACUCGAGUUCGGCCUACCGGGAGGAGCUGGUGAAGUUCGCGCUCGAUAUUAUCAAGACGACCCCGCAGAAAGGUCCGGAGUGGGAGAUUCCGGAUUCAGAUCAUGAGGGUGGCCUCGAAAAUGAGCGGGAGGGACUGGAGCACGGGAGUGCAUAUUCAGGUCAACUACCGGAACCAUUACACGGAAAGGGAGAUCGGGCGCCGCCAUCUGGACAGACGCCGGCGAAGGAGCAUUCCGAGGAUUUCGAGGAAGAUUACUUUGAUGACAUCGAUGAGGAUACACUGUGGAUGGAGGAUCCGGACGGGCAAAUAGCACCACCUAGCCAUCAGCCGACGACGAGGCACAAACGUAACUUUUCGGAAAUGGAGGAGGAGGAAGAUGAAGAGGAGGCAGACGUUGUAUGCCUUAUACCAAUAGGAGACACUAUUGGGGUUGCAGAUGCACCGCUCAGCGAUCCUCCUCGACCACCAUCCCUUAAACCUGAGCCCGAGUCCGAGUCCGAGUCCGAGUCCGAGCUUGAAUGUUCACGACCUCCGCCUGUAGAUAAGAUCAACGGCGCGGACGCCUACACCGUAGAAGCACUCAUAGGAGAGAAGAAGACGGGCAAGAGCAAGCGCACCAGGAUAAAAUUCCUGGUCAAGUGGCAGGGCUACGAUGAGAGCGAGGCUACAUGGGAGUGGGCGGAUACUCUGCGAGCUGAUCUAGGUUCCGAUGUAGUAGACGAAAUGCUGGAGAAAUAUCGACAGACGAAGACUCCCAAAAGAUCUCAGUCGGCGAAGCGGAAACGGGCCAGCACCCAGAAAACGUCACAGAGAUCGAAGAAGCGGGCGACAUCGACGCAGAAAACUCCCACUAGAUCGCAGCAGAAGAUGAUCUUUUCACAGAUUACGAAGCCGUCAAGCCAGAGCUCGAAUAAGGAGAGCAUUAGAAACAAGACGGCUCCUAAGGAACCGGCGAUUCAGCCCUCUCGACAUACGGCGGUGCAGAAGAUCGUUCAAGAGACACUGGUUCCGUCCCCUCCAAGCCCGGUGAUAGAAGAGCCUCUUCAACCUCCAGCAGCGGAAGAAAAGGUGUUACCAACCGGGUUUAGCUUCAUGAGUUUUUCGACCGUGUGUCUUUCGGACUCCGGAAGCAGUCAAGGUAGGCAUUUACAGACUGUAGAAGAUAUCUCGCCAGAUUUCCCAUCCACGAAAGGCUAUUUUUCCGAUGGCAAACUGCCAGCUGUUGUCGGUGAUAUGGCGGACGAAGACGAGGAAGCAAGGCUUCUACUGUCCUACCAAGUCGUCGAAGCGGCAACGGCGAAAGAAGAGUCAGCAGAGUUCGCGCAACUUUCCCAGGCUACGGAGGUGACGGUGGAAGAUGGAGCAGCUGAUCCGCCGACGUCCUAUCAAGCCCCUGCCGUUACUGAAAAUGAGGUCAUCAAAGACGGCCCAACGGAGCUUCUGCAGCUUUACCAAGCUAUUGAAGAUGCGACGAUGGACGAGGAGGAAGCCUCGAAACCUCCAGAGUCCUACCAGAUGCCAGCCAUCGCCGAAGAAGUGAUUCCAGAAGGAGAAGCAUCCAAGCUCCUAUUGUCUUACCAAGAGCCCGUCCUCGGGAAUGAGGUAGCGUGGGAAGGAAAGAACGAAGCAGAUAUUCCGCCUUCCUACCAGGUGCCUGUGAUUGCUGAAGCAGCAGAGUGUUCGCUCGCUCUCGAGCGGCAAGGUACCCAAGAAUUGCUGGAGAUACCGGACUCCAUCUCGAGAGUAAACCUUACGAGUGGCAUUCUAUCACAAGAAGAACAAAAAACACCUCCCUCGUCGCCUCUUUCUGCGAAGACUCCCAAACAAGCAAGCCAGAAGUGCCCAGCCCCCACCGAAUCACCUCAUCUGCCCUCAAAGCAGAUGAAGUAUGCAGAUGCGGAUAUUUCCCCAGAAAAGACGCCGGUUCUUGCCGUUUCCCUUAAAGCCCCGUCCGGCGUAGACAGAACGGUCAUGAUGAGGGAAGCCAGAACCCCCGAAGAGUUCAACGAAGCCUUCCUUUCAGACCCUCGAGUCCGCAACGCGUCGGUUCUCAACCCGGAUUUCCUUGCUACAUUUUUCAAGGAAUCUCGUCUGCAUUACCUCUCGACAUCGAAAGCCGAACUUCGCUCCAGAUUGCAAAAAUUGGAACAGAAAUUUCCCCGGCCAACGCCUCCGAAGAACAGAGCUACUAGAUAUGUCAUGCACGUAGAUUUCGACUGCUUCUUCGCCGCAGUAUCUACACGUGACCUUCCAGACCUGAAGGAUAAACCGGUCGCCAUAUGCCACGGACGGACGGAGAAAAGUAUGACAUCGGAGAUUGCAUCUUGCAACUAUGCGGCCAGGGCAUUCGGCGUCAAGAACGGCAUGUGGAUGGCCAAAGCCAAGGAGUUGUGUCCGGAUAUCGUCACUCUUGGGUACGAGCUUGAGAAGUACGCGGAGGCAAGCGAGGCGUUUUAUGAAGUUAUUCUGUCACUCGGCGGUGAGCGGCUUCAAGCGGUUUCCGUGGACGAAGCGUUGGUGGACAUCUCGAAUCUCGUGUGCAAUGAGGGCUUUGCCGAUUUAGAAAGAGAAGAAAUCAAGGCCCAAGAACUCGCCCAGAAGAUCCGCGAUGAGUGUCGGAGAAGGACUAGGUGUGAUGUUUCAGUCGGCAUUGGCACAAACGUUCUCAUGGCUCGGCUUGCCAUGAGGAAGGCAAAACCUGCCGGCCAAUACAUCAUCCGAAAUUCCGAGAUUCAAGAUUUCCUAGACAGCUUAGACGUUCGAGCAUUCCCAGGGAUAGGGCGCCAUACGACUGAGAAAAUCACCGAAACAUUCAAGUCGGAUUCGGUACUUGAGUUGAGGAAGAUCCCCAAGGACCGGUUACAACAGGCGCUGGGUUCUAAAACCGGAAUCAAGGUACAUGAGCUCUGUCGCGGCAUCGAUAAUACGCUCGUUGGCGCGGCCGAGACACCGAGGGAGAGCAUAUCCAUCGCUGUCAACUGGGGAGUUCGGUUUACGAAUAAGGAACAAGCCGAAGAGUUCCUCCAUCGACUUACCCGUGCCGUCGAAGAGAGGAUGAAGAGUGAAGGAGUCAAGGGCCGGUCAUUGACCUUCAAGGUUGCUAAAAGGGCUGCAAAUGUGCCAUUCGAGACCGAAAAGUUCCUUGGAUGCGGACGGACCGAAGAUAUAAACAAGACAUUUCUGUUCAGUGUUUCAACCUCCGAUGCCUCGCUCAUUGCCAAGAAAUGCAUAGAGCUCCUCCGAGGAUUCUCAGUUUCUCCUGGCGAUAUCCGUGGAUUCGCGGUGGGAAUGAAAGGGCUUGAAGAUGCGGCCCACGAUGGCGGACAGCAGCAAUUGCAAUUCCUGAAGCAACACGCGAUGGCAGGGGAAAGACCCAAAAUUUCCGCACCACCUCUUCCAGAGUUGAAGCCUGCGGCACCCGUUACGAUGAAAGCUUACGUCAGGCCGAAAGUUACGACAUUAUUUGAUCUCUUUGGGAAAAAUAGUAACAAUAAGAAGCCUCAGCCGGUGAUCAGGGAUUCACCGAUAAACCAACGAACACUGCCUGAACCAACAGUGCCUGUGCUGAUGCCACCGGCCGUUUUGCGAGAACCACCACCAUCACUACUACUACUAUCACCACCACCUCCACCACCACCGCGUCCAUCAACGUUGCAAGACAAGGCUUGUGGGUUUUCAGGCAUGGCUCCUCCUCCUUUUGUGCGACCGGCACCACUGGGUAGCAUUACCAAUCGCACACCUGCAACAAAUACGUUGGAGGGCGAGGAGUCUCCCUUUGAAAAUCCUCCAAAUCCACAGCAUGCCGAGGUGAGAACUCAUACUAGGAUGGUGCCCCAACGUAAUACCACUCCCCAGGUUCCCCUCAUUUCUGUAACGUCUUCGACCCAGUACGCCAUUCCGAAUGAAUCACAAUUUGACAUGUCCUGUUUUGAGCAUCUUACCUCUUCAAUUCAAGGGAAAAUACUGGAAAAAGUCAAAGCAAAAGAACCACAAGAUGCAGAUCCACCACCGGAUUCACAGUGGGCUCCGGAAACCUGGAAUUCCCUCUCACCGGCGACACGGAAACAAAUCAGGGCGGAGGACGAAGCAGCAGAGCGGAGACGGGCACAGGUACAGGCACCGGCACGGAGAAAUAUAGGCUAUUCCGAGGAUAAGCAGCGAAUCAAUUCCGUCUUCAAUCGUGGUCUACCAGGGCUGGAGCAAAAUCCGUCGCUAUCCAAGCAGGGUGUGUCGAAACUUGCCAUUAAUACCACUCGGAUCCCUCGCAACGUCGGUAAAGGCCGAAGAAAAGCUGUUUUCAAGCGACCGCCGCCGCCGGUUAGACAGGCCCCUCCUGAAGAUCAUCCUGACUGGUUUUACGAAUCCAAGGCGAUCGGCGGCGAGGGAUAUCUAGAGGACUUCGCAGACAUACCCAAGGCUGAGCGAGCUCUACACAUUGCCAACGUUAAGUACGUGCGCAAAGCUGCUGAGGAAAAGGAGGCAGCCAAAGCACAGGAAGAAGUGAUGGAAGCGCUGCAAAGAGAAGACAGAGUACAGGCGCGCACCCCUGCGAUUGUGAUCAAGACGGUGCGAAAGCCGCCAGUGCUGUCUCUCUCCGUUGGAGCGGCCGUGAGGAGCACGGAUUUUGAUGCGGUGCGGAUGACGAUCAGUGCUUGGCUACGUGCUGUAGAUGAAGAUCUUUUGGAAGUGGAGGCUAGAGAUGAAGAUCUGAAGAAGCUUUGUGUGUUUUUGGAAAAGGUGGUGGUGGAGGAACGGCAGAUGGAUAAGGCCGUGAGGAUUGUUCGGUGGUUUCCGACCAUUCGUGUGAGCGACGUAUUUCAGCAGCGUUUGAUUUUUGGCGUUUUGGAGGGUACGGUUCGCAAGAUAGCGAAAAGUCAACGUAUUCACGGUUUGCAGUUUUGAUACCAUAGCUGGUUUUGGGUAUGGGAUUGGAUUAGAUCUCGGUUUUGGGCUUGUUUUGGGGGCGGGGGGAGUUUUUUUGGCUUAUGUUUUUGCUCGCACUUUUGUAGAUGAACUUGCUCCUGAUGAGGAUCACGCCCACUUAUA